CCCCUUUCUCCCUUUCUCCCUGUUUUCUGCCUCAUGCCUGCGCCACUCUCCUCGAAUCACAUCGGCCUCCAUCACACCAUUCCCCCCAAUCAAAAUCAAAAUCACACACCAACACCUCCACAUCCCCCCCCUCACUCACACACACACCCCAUCACACCACCAGCGUCACAACACUCAUCCAUUAACGUCCCUUUCCGACCUUUGCGCCUUUUCCCUGUCCUUCGCCACGAUUCGCUGCUCACUGCUAGGGAAGUGGGAAGAUGCCUGACCCACCAGCACCAACCUCACAUCGCGCGUGCCAUCUGCAACUCCACGCACCGUGUCGCAUCGUCCUACUCCAAUAACGCGCCUUUGUUCGCACCAGCAUGGGCAGCCAGCGCUCAGACAGGCUAGACUGUCUCCACGUGAACCGUCGGCUGCAUCGCUGUUCCAUGCUGAAUCGUGAUUUCAUACACUUUGCGAGCGUCAU